AUGCACAAUAACAUCAGAGACAAUAACAGUAAAAUAUCUAACACAAUCUACAACAUCAGAGACAAUAACAGUAAAAUAUCUAACACAAUCUACAACAUCAGAGACAAUAACAGUAAAAUAUCUAACACAAUCCACAACAUCAGAGACAAUAACAGUGAAAUAUCUAACACAAUCCACAACAUCAGAGACAAUAAUAGUAAAAUAUCUAACACAAUCUACAACAUCAGAGACAAUAACAGUGAAAUAUCUAACACAAUCCACAACAUCAGAGACAAUAAUAGUAAAAUAUCUAACACAAUCCACAACAUCAGAGACAAUAACAGUAAAAUAUCUAACACAAUCUACAACACCAGAGACAAUAACAGUGAAAUAUCUAGCACAAUCCACAACAUCAGAGAAAAUAACAGUGAAAUAUCUAACACAAUCUACAACACCAGAGACAAUAACAGUAAAAUAUCUAACACAAUCUACAACAUCAGAGACAAUAACAGUGAAAUAUCUAACACAAUCUACAACAUCAGAUUCAAUAAUGAGACAAUAACAGUAAAAUAUCUAACACAAUCCACAACAUCAGAGACAAUAACAGUGAAAUAUCUAACACAAUCCACAACAUCAGAGACAAUAAUAGUAAAAUAUCUAACACAAUCUACAACAUCAGAGACAAUAACAGUGAAAUAUCUAACACAAUCCACAACAUCAGAGACAAUAAUAGUAAAAUAUCUAACACAAUCCACAACAUCAGAGACAAUAACAGUAAAAUAUCUAACACAAUCUACAACACCAGAGACAAUAACAGUGAAAUAUCUAGCACAAUCCACAACAUCAGAGAAAAUAACAGUGAAAUAUCUAACACAAUCUACAACACCAGAGACAAUAACAGUAAAAUAUCUAACACAAUCUACAACAUCAGAGACAAUAACAGUGAAAUAUCUAACACAAUCUACAACAUCAGAUUCAAUAAUGGUAAAAUAUCUAACACAAUCCACAACAUCAGAGACAAUAACAGUAAAAUAUCUAACACAAUCUACAACAUCAGAGACAAUAACAGUAAAAUAUCUAACACAAUCCACAACAUCAGAGAAAAUAACAGUAAAAUAUCUAACACAAUCUACAACAUCAGAGACAAUAACAGUAAAAUAUCUAACACAAUCUACAACACCAGAGACAAUAACAGUGAAAUAUCUAACACAAUCCACAACAUCAGAGACAAUAAUAGUAAAAUAUCUAACACAAUCUACAACAUCAGAGACAAUAACAGUAAAAUAUCUAACACAAUCUACAACACCAGAGACAAUAACAGUAAAAUAUCUAACACAAUCUACAACAUCAGAGACAGUAACAGUAAAAUAUCUAACACAAUCUACAACAUCAGAGACAAUAAUAGUAAAAUAUCUAACACAAUCCACAACAUCAGAGACAAUAACAGUGAAAUAUCUAACACAAUCUACAACACCAGAGACAAUAACAGUAAAAUAUCUAACACAAUCCACAACAUCAGAGACAAUAACAGUGAAAUAUCUAACACAAUCUACAACAUCAGAGACAAUAAUAAGUCAAUUGCUAGACAAUAACAGUAAAAUAUCUAACACAAUCUUCAACAUCAGAGACAAUAACAGUGAAAUAUCUAACACAAUCUACAACAUCAGAGACAAUAACAGUAAAAUAUCCAACACAAUCUACAACAUCAGAGACAAUAACAGUAAAAUAUCUAACACAAUCUACAACAUCAGAGACAAUAACAGUAAAAUAUCUAACACAAUCCACAACAUCAGAGACAAUAACAGUAAAAUAUCUAACACAAUCUACAACAUCAGAGACAAUAACUGUAAAAUAUCUAACACAAUCUUAAACAUCAGAGACAAUAACAGUAAAAUAUCUAACACAAUCUACAACAUCAGAGACAAUAACUGUAAAAUAUCUAACACAAUCUACAACAUCAGAGACAAUAACAGUAAAAUAUCUAACACAAUCUACAACAUCAGAGACAAUAACAACAAUAACAGUAAAAUACCUAACACAAUCUACAACAUCAGAGACAAUAACAGUAAAAUAUCUAACACAAUCUACAACAUCAGAGACAAUAACAGUAAAAUAUCCAACACAAUCUACAACAUCAGAGACAAUAACAGUAAAAUAUCCAACACAAUCUACAACAUCAGAGACAAUAACAGUAAAAUAUCUAACACAAUCUACAACAUCAGAGACAAUAACAGUAAAAUAUCUAACACAAUCCACAACAUCAGAGACAAUAACAGUAAAAUAUCUAACACAAUCUACAACAUCAGAGACAAUAACUGUAAAAUAUCUAACACAAUCUUAAACAUCAGAGACAAUAACAGUAAAAUAUCUAACACAAUCUACAACAUCAGAGACAAUAACUGUAAAAUAUCUAACACAAUCUACAACAUCAGAGACAAUAACAGUAAAAUAUCUAACACAAUCUACAACAUCAGAGACAAUAACAACAAUAACAGUAAAAUACCUAACACAAUCUACAACAUCAGAGACAAUAACAGUAAAAUAUCUAACACAAUCUACAACAUCAGAAACAAUAACAGUAAAAUAUCUGACACAAUCUACAACAUCAGAAACAAUAACAGUAAAAUAUCUAACACAAUCUACAACAUCAGAGACAAUAACAGUAAAAUAUCUAACACAAUCUACAACAUCAGAGACAAUAACAGUAAAAUAUCCAACACAAUCUACAACAUCAGAGACAAUAACAGUAAAAUAUCCAACACAAUCUACAACAUCAGAGACAAUAACAGUAAAAUAUCUAACACAAUCUACAGUAUCAGAGACAAUAUCAAUAAGAUAUAA